AUGCAGCUGCAGUGGGGUGGACGGGCAUUCUCGCGAUCACGUUUUGGCGCCUGCGUCGAUACUGGGAACAUGCAGAGGUUGGAGUACUCGCCCGGAGAAUUUAUCUACACCACCAAGUCGGCGCAAGCCGGACAGUUACAGUUACAAUCACAAUCACAGUCAGAUCUCGCCCUGACACAACCAGUCGAUCCCUUUUCCUCACUAUCGCACGAUCAAAAGUCCCUCCUGCACCACUUCAUCAACGAUGCCUCGCAGAUAACGGCCUGUCACUCCGGCAUGCAGCAGGAUAUUUGUCGCAUGAUCGUGCCCAUGGCUCUCCAAACACCCUCCCUCCUCUACGCCACCACCGCCCUCUCCGCAAUCCACAUCCAAGCCCUACACAAUCAAUCCGAGAGCGUGAAGUCUGCCCCCGAUAUCGCCCGCCUGAUGGCACUCAGUCUGGAGCACUUCCGGAAGGAAUUGCAAAACCCGUCCUCCAAGGGUUCGGAGGCGUUGGUGGCGACAGCCCGAACGCUGUGCCUAGCUGAGAUCCACUCCGGCGCCAUCAACCCGAAUUCCUGGCGCGCACAUAUCGAGGGUGCGAGGGCUUUGAUGAAGGCCUCCGAUGCAUCUGGCGAGGACUCACUUCGCUCGGAGAAUGGGUUUCGGCGCUAUCUGGAUCGCUGGUACUGGUCCAUCGUGUCGCUGACAGCAUUGACGGGUAACGGGCCCCCGAUUGGCGAUAUUUCGGACUUUGCUCCGACAAACCAGCCGGGUCAGAAGGAGUUACCGGAUUAUCUGGACGAUUAUUGGGGUUUUACGGUGGAUCUGGCGGCUGUUUUUCGACAGAUUGGUGCGGCGGCUUGGCGGAGUCAUCAAAUCGAAAAGGACCCUCAUACACAGGGGUUCGUGGAGGGAGAAAUCGAUAGUAGCGUCGAGGACGAGGCUGCGAAUCUGGAAUCUUCAAUACACUACCUGAUGGACCGGGGUGCCAGUACACAGCCCGAGCUUUAUCCCGGCGUUGCAGAUGCGCUGUCCCCGGAUAGUAUACAACAUCUUGCGCUUUGCAAUGAGGCGUUUCAGCAUAGUGCUUUGAUUCAGAUUCAUCGGCGACUUCGGAAAACGCCGACGACGUCUCCUUAUGUGCAGCAGUCUGUUCAGCGGAUUCUUGAAUGCACGGCAAAGAUUGGACCGUCGGCUGGACUUAGUCCUUGGGUUUUGUUGACGACGCCGCUUUUUAUUGCGGGUUGCGAGGCACAGGGGGAAGACCGUGAAACGGUUAGGAGCUUGUUCUCAUCUUUGCAUGAUACCAUUCGCGUGCCGAAUGUUCUGCAGUCCCUCAGGUUCCUUGAGCAAUAUUGGGCCAAGAAGGUCAAUGAGGAUGAGGAUUGGAGUCACUUUCUUGACCGUAUGCAGUUCGACUUUAUUCCUUAUUGA